UGUCGACCGACUGCCGUACCACCAGUGAUAGCUGGAACAAGACUUGUCAAUUGUAAUAUCACUCUUGCUUUGAAUACCUCAAGAUACAACACAGCAUGAGCGACGAGAAACAGCACGUAGACGGCGCACAAAUCGCAGAGCACAACAGUCGCGACAAGGGCGUGUGGAUUGUGGUACAUGGGAAGGUGUACGAUGUGACAGACUUUCUAGAUGAGCACCCCGGCGGCGCAGAUAUCAUUUUGAAAUAUGCCGGCAAAGAUGCUACUGAAGAAUACGAACCCAUCCACCCACCCGAUGCGAUCGUCGAAAACCUCGACCCCUCCAAACACCUUGGCCCACUCAAAGCCGGCACGCUCCCAGCCGAAGAGCCUGCACCUGCACCGGCCUCUGCGCCCGCGCCCGCUUCCGUCCAGGUCGGCCAAGGGGGAGGGGCCCAGGGAGGUGGAGGGGGAGAGGUGGAAGAGUACAAGAAACCGGCGUUGGUGGAAAUUCUGAGUCUGCAUGAUUUCGAGGCGGUUGCGAGGAGAGUUAUGAGUCGAAGGGGUUGGAACUAUUACAGCUCCGGGUCGGAUGAUGAAGUCACGAUGAGGGAGAAUCAUAACGCAUAUCAACGGGUCUGGUUCCGUCCCCGUAUUUUGCGCGAUGUGGGCAAGGUCGACUACUCUACUACCAUCCUGGGUCACAAGACGUCUAUGCCGGUUUACAUUACUGCCACAGCCCUAGGCAAAUUGGGUCAUCCGGAGGGAGAACUGUGUCUGACGAGAGCUGCCGGGACGCAGGAUAUCAUCCAAAUGAUCCCUACGCUGGCUUCUUGUGGGUUUGACGAAAUGGUCGACGCUGCUAUCCCUGGCCAAGUGCAAUUUCUACAAUUGUAUGUCAAUUCGGAUAGGGAGAGGACCAAGAAGAUCAUCAGACAUGCUGCCGAGAGGGGUGUCAAGGCGCUGUUCAUCACGGUAGACGCGCCGCAACUGGGUCGUCGCGAAAAGGACAUGCGCACAAAGUUUGAAGGUGUUGCGUCUGCGCAACAAGACAAAGGCAAAGACAAGUUCCAACGCGACCAAGGCGCCGCGCGCGCCAUCUCGUCAUUUAUCGACCCUUCCCUCAAUUGGUCUCACCUGCAAGAGCUUAUGGACGCAGUGCAAGGCAUGAAGGUAGUCCUGAAGGGUGUACAGUGCUGGGAAGAUGCGGUGAUGGCGGCAGAAGCUGGUGCGGAUGGGGUGGUGUUGAGUAACCAUGGCGGACGGCAGUUGGACUUUGCACCGUCGCCCCUUGCGCUGCUGCCCUCUGUGGUACAAGCGCUCACUGCGAGGGGGUUCAUGGGUAAUCCAAACAGACCCAAGUUUGAGGUGUUUGUGGAUGGAGGGGUGAGGAGGGCGACGGAUGUGCUGAAGGCGAUUGCGCUGGGGGCGACGGGCGUGGGUAUUGGGCGACCGAUGAUCUAUGCCAUGUCGACGUAUGGAGAAGAUGGCGUGGCGCAUGCUUUGCAGAUUCUCAAGGACGAGUUUGAGAUGAAUAUGCGGCUGCUGGGGGCGCCUACGAUGGCAGAUGUGGUACCGCAGAUGGUGGACACUUCGGCGUUGUUUGGGACGAGUGCAUCUGUCACCAUGUACGAAGACAACUACGAGCGGAUGCUUCCCGUCGGCGUCAAAGCAAGAUUGUAGGAGGUCUGGUGGGAGAAGCAGGCUGUCCUCGAGUGUAUAAUAUGUGUGUGAGAUCCACUUGAUCCUUUGUAGCUACCUUUAUACAGUGUAUACUUUCGAUGAAAUCCAUGUCAAGGAGAUCGGGAGGCGCGCAUAGUACGGAAGACCUGGUAGCGAGUAAUUCUGC